UCUUGUGCAUUUCUAUGUCAAUAGUUUACUAAUAUCAAAAUUUUUGGUGGGGUUUUGUUGGGGCAAAUUGCACAAUUUUCCCAUAGAAUUAUACAAUUUUUAAUUAGAAUCGUGUAAAAAGUGUAGUGUGAUAUCAGAAAAAUGUUCGUACGCCUUUUGGAUUAUGUAAUGACGCAUCGAAGAGGGCAAUAAAGCCAUUGAAUAAGAAUCGUGCGUGCGUGCGAGCGAGCCGAGCUGUGGCCAACGGCAACAGCAGCAUCAACAUUCGUCCAAAACGCAACCUGAAGCUGCAACAGCUCAUUAUUAUAUUUCAUAAAGUGAUUAUUUGAAAAAUUAUAGUGACGAUUUAAUAUUGAGGUCCCUACCUCACAUUGCGCAGCCUAUGCUGCCUAAUUAAAAAGUAUCGAGAACCCCUGUAAGUCCCCAUGCUAGAACAUACCCCUUACACCGUGUAAAAGUUGUUUGUGUUUCUGUGUGCACGUUCAAAGACCGAGGAAGUUUCCUCGAACUUUACUCUUGCGAACUAAGCUCGUUCAUACCUGUUCAACGAUAAUAUAUAGGGGUGAAGAAGAGACAAGAAAUCAACUACUACGAAGACAAUAGGAAAGAAAACCAACAAAGGAGUUGAAACGUAAUCGUUUCUCUAAGCUACUUAUUACUAAGAAAUACAUAUACAGCGCUCACUUUAAACACACAAUGGCAACCAGUGAUGACGAGCCCAUGCACCUUUACGAGGUGUUUCAGAAUUGUUUUAAUAAAAUCGCAAACAAACAACCAAGCACUGGUGGUGCUGAACGAAAUGGCGGCUAUCAAUCACCCUACGGAGGUCUUGGCAUGGAAAAUGGAAUGUACCCUAACGACGACUUCAAUCCUAUGCAUGACACCCCAGGAGGUAGUAAUCGAUUCGGUGAUGGCGGAGCUGGAGUAAAUCAGUAUUUUGACACAAAUCUCGGAAAUGGUGGUGGUGGUGUUCCACCUGGUGCUGGUGGCGGUCCUGGUGGAGGCUGGUACUCGUCAACCGUUGGUGGCUAUGGAAAUCCAAACUCAUAUCAAAAUAAUGGACCGCUGGAUCCUCAUCACUUAACACCACAGCAACACCACAAUCCUGAACAGCAACAUCAUGGUAUGACUGGUGGCAGUAGUAUGGGUGGCGGGCUACCUAUUGAUAGUGUGGGUAUGCACAGUCCAGUGCCUACAUCACUACCGCCAAUGAGUUCUUUUCGUAGUGGUAGCAACAAUAUGCAACAAAUCAGCGGUCCUGCGGCGCACUCGCCAGCGACGCUUUAUAAUUCGCCACAACACAAUACUUUAGCGACGGCAAACGCUCAUGGCCAUCAUCCGCUUUCCCAUCACAGCCAACAACACAGUCCAGCGGUACAGUCUGAUGCCUUUGGUGUAGGCGUUGGUGUUACCGGUAUGGGUCUAGGACCGAAGGGUCCAUCUGCAACUGCGGGAAAUUCGACUGCCUCUUUGCGACAGCACAUGUAUAUGACUGCUGCGGCUGCGGCAGCUGCCGAUCAAAGUAUUAGCAGUUUUAGUUCAAAUCCUUCAACGCCAGUAAACUCCCCACCGCCUUUGACCCAAAGUGGUUUAACACAAUCACUGCUGGACAAAUCAGUUGUUGGCAGCAACGGUGGUGGAGCACCAUGGGGAGCGGUUCUCAAUAGCGCUGGGGGUAGUGUAAACUCGGUUGGAGGUGGCAUGGGCGUUGGCGGUAGUUAUGGUACUGACGUUGGCCCAUCGGGUUUGCAUACAAUGGCAGCUGUCUUCCAGGGUGCGCGCAUGGAGGAACGUCUUGAUGACGCGCUUAAUGUGUUGCGCAAUCAUUGUGAGCCUGAACUGCUGAGCGGUGUAGGGGCAGCUCUUUCGGCAAUGGACAACAUGGAUGGCUUAUCAAGUUUUGUGCCAACCUCUCCGCCCUCUCAUAUGGUUGGCGGUGUUGGCAGCACAAGUGGCGUCUCAAAUCUACAUUCACCACACGAGGUUCUAGCAGGUAAUGGUCCGCCACUUGAUGCAGUCGGUAAUGGUCUAAAUGGUAGCCAAUCGACAGUACCACAAAUAAAAAUGGAAAGAACAACAACGGCAACUUCAAGUGCAACUGGUACCACAUCGAAGUCAUCAAAGAAACGAAAAGAAGCGGCAGCAGCCGCCGCUGCAACAUCUGCAAUGUCAGCAUCAGCGGCCAACUCAGGUGGCGGUGCCUCUACAUCAUCAAUGAGCGGUGCCAUGGCCGGACUUGUGGACGGACCCGAUAGCAAACCGACCAGCUCAAUGGAGGCUACACACAACAAUCAGCAAGGAGCCUCAGGGAAGGGCUCCAAACGACCACGUCGGUAUUGCUCAUCCGCCGAGGAUGAUGAUGACGUAGAACCUGCCGUUAAAGCGAUGCGCGAAAAGGAACGCCGCCAAGCGAAUAACGCGCGAGAACGGAUACGUAUACGUGACAUUAACGAAGCAUUAAAAGAACUGGGACGAAUGUGUAUGACACACCUCAAAUCGGAUAAACCGCAGACAAAACUCGGCAUACUAAAUAUGGCCGUGGAAGUGAUAAUGACGCUGGAACAGCAAGUACGCGAACGUAAUCUGAACCCGAAAGCGGCGUGUUUGAAGCGUCGUGAAGAGGAAAAAGCCGAAGAUGGCCCAAAACUUGCCGCGCAACAUCAUAUGUUACCACAACCACCCGGCGGUGGUGUAUACGGACAACCGCCAAUGCCACAGGUGUCUGUACCACCAGGCGCCGGCCUGCCUGUACCGCCACCACAAGGUAGUGGUGUGCAAUUGCCACCACAUCUACAACAACAUAAUCAACAACAACAUCCACAACAAUAGCAGGCGGCAGCAGCAGCGGCAAUAGCAGCAGCUACGGCACUCAUGACUGAACCUCCCACUUCCCAAAUACCUUACAGUACCCAACAGCAGCAACAGGAGGCCAUCAAUAAUAGCGCCAACACAGCGAACGCCAUCGAUUUGGAGCAACAAAUAUUGAGUAAUCUUUUCCGGCGCAGGCAUCCACCGCCACCACAUCUACAACAACACAGUGGCAACAAUGCGCAUGCGCAAUUGCAACCCCAACAUGCACAGCACCAACAGCUGUAGACAGGCAGGCAGUCAAGCAAAGUAGGCAGCUUCUUUGUUGCAACUUUGCAAUUUUGCCCCGGUGAAUAACAAUAGUGAUGUUCGGUUGUUCUACGUUGGUAGUGGUGGUACGCUAAUAUAUAUAAUGCACCACGUCCCUAACACACACCACACUCAUACUACGGAAGCACAAAUGCACGCACAUAGUAGCGUCACAAUUGUAUAUAAUUGAUAAUUGAGUAAGAAAUAGUAUAUACAUAUGCUUUAUAUGUAUGUACAUAUAUGUAUGUAGUAUACUUUUAGUUUUCACUGCUAAUUCUAUGCGUUAAUCUUGUGUAGUUAACAAGAGAAACGCACAUGUUUUUUUUUUACCUACUCUAUAUCUUUCUUUUAGUUAGUGCUGAUUUCUUUUAUUGAUUUCUCUUUAAUCUUACACAUACAGUGUUGAUUUGGUUAGAAUUUUAUCGACAAUCUAUUUUAUUACAAACUUUUUGUUUAACUUCAUUCUCUACUUGUCGUACAACAACAAAUUAUGUACGCUUGUACAUACGACAGCCAUAUUUUUCUAUACCUUUUAUACAUUAAGUAGUAUAAUGAUAAGUAGAUUUUGUAUCGCUUCGUUUGUCGUUCGUUUGUUAACCGUAAUUGUGCAUAGAUUUUAUUCGCCAUCAUAAAUCAAUACAUUCUCAUACAGUUUUUUUUUAUACAGCCUUGUUGCUUUAGGUAAAAAAAUUCUUUUUAUUAGAGCAGACAUGAAAGAGACAAAGUUCAAUUCCUACACUCCACACCUUAAAUCUUAUUUUUAUAAGCAGUAAGGAUUUUUAAUUACGCUAAAAUGUUAAAAAAGGCCAAACGCUCGGUGAAGCUAACAGUAAUAUUAACAGCUAUUUCCUCCAAUGUUUUUUUUACGAAAGCAAAUGGUUGAAAUCGGAAUGCAAAAAAAUGGAAUGUUAAAAACAACAGUGUCAUAUACAUAUGUACUUAGACUGAGCUUACUUGCCUUCGGCUUACUAAAUUUUAAUAUACAACGUA